AUGUGGGAGAUAGAAAAUGAGCCAGUGCGACCGAAAAUGACUGAUGCCAAGGGUAUUCUCCAACAGAACCGCGAGUUCCAGGACUUCUUCUGGGAUAUCGCUAAACCUGAACAAGAGAUACGGCUGAAGGCCAUUGAAAAUCUCAUACAAUAUCUGAAGACUAGUCAAAAGACAGAUGAGUUGACAUACACCCUGAAGAGACUGGUGGAUGGCUUGGCACACACUAGAGAGGCUGGCCUGCCAGGCUUCAGUUUGGCUUUGGGACAGGUACUGAGCGUGUUUGAGGAGGUACCUCUGCGUACAGCCUUUGAUCAAAUCAAAGAGAAGCACAACUUGGCGAACGUGAAAAAGAAACUCAUCAGAAAUGCUGCUUUUGGGAACUUCUUUGGUGUGCUCGCCCUGUCUCAGUCCACACGCCUUCCAAAGGACCCUCAGGUGGUGCUGGAGUGUGUCCAGCUCCUCCAGAGCCUAUCGCAGUAUAGAGAACUCCUGCGGGACCUGCCCAGGAAGACCAUGGUGGACAUCCUGUCUGAGACAUCAGAGGAGGUGUUUGAGGAGGUGCUGCUGGGAGCCCUGCAGACAGACCUGUCCUCCGCCUUCAGCACCCCUGAGCAGCUGCAGCUCCUUCUGGUGGCCAUGCAGAAGUUCCCCCAGGUGCUCAAGCUCAAGAAGCUGAAGAAGCUGCUGGGCACCUCCACAAUCAUUACCAUGGACAAUAUCCCUAAGUUGACAGAUGUACUGAAGAUGGCGGCCCGCUCAGUCAAGAAGGACCGCCUGCUGCCUGCGGUUGAGAUCUCUCUGAGGGAGGACAACUUUGAGCUCUUCUGGAGGGAGACCAUCAUUAACGGCAUGCUGAAAGACCAGCCGGGGCCCACACAUUACCUGAGCUACCGGCUGUUGGGUAGUGCCCUGCCCUUGUUGACCCUGGCCCAGCUAAAACAGGUGUUAAAUGGAGAGGUGAUGAGGGCCUACGGGGAACACGUGGUCUCUGCACAGCUCCCAGACCGUUUUAAGUUUGCCCCCGAGAUGGAGACGUACAUUGGCGACUUCCUGCAGGGCUGCGAUGACCCGGAGAAGCAGCUGGCGGUGAUGGUGGCCUUCUCCCUGCUCACCAACCAGGGCUACCCCGUGGUGCCCUCCUUCUGGAGGGUUGUGCAGCACCUGCAGCCGACAGCACUGCAGAGCUACGUGGACUGGCUCAAAGACAUGUUCCUCAACCCCCGGCUGGACAGCUGCCUGGACUUCAGCACCCGCAGGCAGAAGGAGAACCAGGAGGGCGGAGUCCAGAGAGAGAACUGCAUAUUCCGCCUGAGGAAGUGGAUCAUUCCACGCCUAACCUCCAUCGCGGAGAACAACCAGGUGAAGAGAGAGGAGGCUCUAGUGAUGGAUGUAGCCAGGUUUGUCUUUUUCCAUGCGUUCUUCAAUGCUAAGAAGGCCACCCCAGACAUACUUGAGACAGUGCCCCUGGAUGAGAAGGCCAGAGUCGUCAUCAUCAACUCCUUCUUUGGAUUGCUGCAGCAUAUCAACCACCUGCCUUUGCUGGGCGACUCCCCUGAGGUGUCAGCCCGCAACCAGAGGCACGUACAGGGUGUGACGGCUGACGGCUCCAUGUGGAUCUUCUGUCUGGUGCGGUACGCUGACACCCUGCUCAACCAGCCCAAGUACGCUCAGAGCACCCAGCCCUUCAGCCCCGAGCAGAGACAGGCCUGGGACAGUAUGCUGGCGUCAGUGGGGACUCCAAUGAAGAAAUCUAAGAAAGGCCAGACUCCAGAGACCUCUGCUUUCCAACAACUCUUCCUGCUGGUUGGCAUUCACCUCUUCAAGGUUCCAGAGGAUUUGGUAGACCUGAUGCAGGAUCUGCAGAACUGCAUGGAAAAAGCCCAAGAGAAGUCCAAGAAGAAGAAGAAUGCGGUUCUACAGGAGAGGAGGAGCCCCGCUGAGGUGGGGACAUCCUGCUCUCUCCUGUCCCAGCCCAGUAGACACAUCCGUCACGUCUGCAGGACUGUCUUCUCCAACAUCUGUCUCCACGUCACCGCCAGAGCCCUCACCGCCAUCUUGGAUGUUCUGGACCCAGAUAAAGAGGAGGAGGACAGUGCCAUCGUGGUGACGGAUGAUAAAGACUCUGACAAAAUAAAGAAGAAAGACCAAAAAAAAGAAGGCGAGGAUGAUGAUGAAGACGACGAAGAGAUGAUCAGUUCAGAAGAGUCGGAUGCAUCAGACGACGACUCUGAUGAGGGUGAAGAUGAGGCCAUGGAGGAGGGGGGCGAGGUGGAUCAGAACUUCCGCAUUGAGCUGAUGAAGGUCCUACAGAACCAGGGUGCUCUGGCCACCGAAGUGGACGGCAGCGAGGAUGACGAACUGGAUGAUGAAGCCAUGAUGAAGCUGGACGGCAGUGUCGUAGCACUGUUCCUUGAACAGAAGAAGAAGAUGCAGGCCAAGAAGGAUGAGAAGGACAAGCUAAAAAAGGAAAAGACCCUUGUCAGAGACUUCAAGAUCAAGGUGCUGGACCUGGUGGAGGUGUUCCUGGUCAGGCAGGGCAGCAGCCCUCUGGUGCUGGGCAUGGUGGAGCCCCUGCUCAGCGUCAUCGAGAGCGGUAUGAGCUCCGAGAGCGACCAGCAGGAGCAGGACUUCCUCCGCAAGGCCGCAGACAUCUUCAAGAACCAGCUGUGCCGGGCCAAGCAGUACUGUAAGACCGUAGGCGACAGACAGGGGGAGCUCCAUGACAAAACCCAGAAGCUGUCUGACUCCUCAGUGUCACUCUACUUCUUCAGUGCAUCUCUGUACCUGGUCAAGGCGCCCGGGGGCCUCAGCAGACGGCAAGAGCUGAGGUUCAUGGGUAACGUGGACGUGGAGAGGGUGUCGGCCCUCUUUAAAGGGGCACUCUGCUCCUUCAUGACGUGCAGGAAAAGCCCUCUGUCAGGCCUAAUGUUUGUCGACCUCUUCACCCGCUUCCCUGUUCUGUGUGUGAACCUGUUGGUGAACGCAGUGGAACACAUCACAACAGGAGUCAGAGAACACCAACAGAGCCAGGCCAGUGCCAUGGUGCUGCGGGGGCUGCAGAGCAGGGAGGUACAGCAGCUGUUAGCAGGCGACCCCUGGGCAGGGCUGCUUCAGCAGGCGGUGGGCCGUGUGGCAGCGGUAGGCAUCAAACACCUCACCCAAGCUUAGACAUCAGAGAACAUGUCACUGUGUGAAACACCACAGGAAUCAAUCUCUAUAUCACAUCAUUACUGCAAAGCAUGGGGGAAAUAAUAUUGUGGUAAA